AUGUUGGCAGGAGGGCAUCUUGUUGAGGAAGUGCUUGAACAAGAGGGUGUCAAAUCUGAGGAGGUGCAAAAGCGUUUGCUGCAUUUUGGUUUUGACAAACUUCAAGAUAAAUCCAAGUUUUCAGCCAUGGAUAAAUCUUGGAUAAAUGCAGAUAGGGAUACUUUAAAAUAUGAAUUGGGUGUUGAAAAUUUCUUGAUUUUUGCUGAACAAAAUGCUAGUAACUCUAAGAGAAUUCGUUGCCCUUGCUCAAGAUGUGUAAACUUCAAAAAAAAGUCGAUUAAAGUCAUUAGGGGACAUCUUUUUGAUUAUGGCUUCAGUUUGGGGUACACAAACUGGAUGUGGCAUGGAGAACCUACAUUGUCCUCCUGUGCUAGUGCACCUAGUGGUUUAGGCCAGCCUCCAAACCUUGUAUUUGGUUCUGAAACUGUUGAUAUGUGUCAAGCAGCUUUCAAUGAAGGUGAUUAUGAUGAGGACUCAUAUGAGUUUAAUAAGUUUGUUGAUGACGCAGAAACUCCAUUAUUUGAAGAUAGUGAACACACUAAGUUAGAUGCAUUGGUGCAACUUCACAAUUUGAAAGCUAGGUACGGCAUGAGUGAUACUUGCUUUUCUGAGUUACUUGCUACUGUUGGGUCUUUGCUUCCAAAAGAUAAUGUAUUGCCUCAAACUAUAUAUGAGGCAAAGAAGACUCUCACUAAUUUGGGGCUACAAUAUGAGAAAAUACAUGCAUGUCCUAACGACUGCAUAUUGUAUCGGAAACAGUUUUCUGAUGCAAGUACUUGUCCUAAGUGUGGGGUCUCUCGUUGGAAGCUAAAGAAGGAUAAAACAAUCAAAGUGGGGCAACCCGCCAAGGUGUUGUGGUACUUUCCUAUAAUUCCCAGAUUUAAGCGCUUAUUUAGAUCUGUCGGAACUGCUGAAAUGCUUACUUGGCAUGAGGAUAAGCGAACUAAGGAUGGAUACAUGCGCCAUCCAGCUGAUUCUCCUGCUUGGAAGUUGGUUGAUUAUAAGUGGCCAGAAUUUGGUAGUGAUUCAAGAAAUCUUCGGUUAGCAUUGUCAGCAGAUGGUAUUAACCCACAUAGCUCUCUAAGUAGUAGGUAUAGUUGUUGGCCCGUAAUAUUGGUGACUUAUAAUCUUCCUCCAUGGUUAUGCAUGAAGAGAAAGUUUAUGAUGUUAUCUCUAUUAGUUUCUGGUCCCAAACAGCCAGGAAAUGACAUUGAUAUUUACCUGGAGCCAUUAAUUGAUGAUUUGCGAACUUUGUGGGAUGGAGUUAAUGAUGUGUAUGAUGCUCAUAGGAAAGAAUACUUCACUCUAAGGGCUGUUUUGUUGUGGACCAUCAACGACUUUCCCGCAUAUGGAAACUUAUCGGGGUGCAUCACUAAAGGUUACAAAGCAUGUCCAAUUUGUGGUGACACAACUUCAGCCAUCCAUUUGCCCCAUAGUAGGAAAAUGUCUUAUGCCUGCCACCGUAAGUUCCUGCCUCGUCAUCAUCCUUAUCGGAGGGCCAAAAAAGCAUUUAAUAAUGAGCAAGAAUUUGAAGUUGCACCUACACCAUUAUCCGGAGAGGAAGUGUUAAAGAGGGUAGAACAUGCUAGUUAUGAGUAUGGGAAGGGAAAAAAGAAGAAGAAUUCAAUGGCUGCCGGUACUUCUUGUUGGAAGAAAAAAACCAUUUUUUUCAACUUAGAGUAUUGGAAAUCUCUUCAUAUUCGCCAUUCUCUCGAUGUAAUGCAUAUUAAGAAGAAUGUUUGCGAAAGUGUGAUUGGUACCCUACUAAACAUGCCUUCUAAGACAAAGGAUAGUGUGGCUGCCCGUUUAGAUAUGGUUGACAUGGGUGUUCGUCUUGAUUUGGGUCCAAAUAUUGGGGAGAAAAAAACAUUUUUGCCUGCUGCCCCUUAUACUUUGUCGAGAGCAGAGAAGAUAAAAAUGUGUACUUCUUUCUUGUUUAUGAAAGUUCCUUAUGGUCAUUCAUCAAACAUUAAAAAUUUGGUGUCCAUGGAUGAUUUGAAAUUGUAUGGAUUGAAGUCACAUGAUUGUCAUACAUUAAUGCAACAGUUGCUUCCUGUGGCCAUUCGUUCGGUGCUUCCCAAGCAUGUUCGAAUUUCUAUAAUGAGGCUGUGCUUCUUUUUUAAUGCUCUGUGCACCAAAGUGGUUGAUGUGUCAAAGUUGGAUAAGUUGCAAUCUGAUUUGGUUCUGACCUUGUGUGGGUUAGAGAAGAUAUUCCCUCCCUCCUUUUUUGACAUAAUGGUGGAUGUACCCAUUUGA